GAGAGAGAGAGAGAGAGAGCGCUGGGGAAGAUUUUCUUUCUGCUCAAUUUCAACAAGCCUACCAGAGCCGUCCCAGAGCACCAGGCAUUUGAUGAUUGAGGUUGCUCUUCAUCUGAUCUGAGUUGAGGAUGAGGAUGAGGAUGCUGGGCCUGGGCUACUUGCUGUCGUUAACCCUCCUCCUCCUCUUCCACCGUUGCCACGGCGCCCCUCCUGGGUUCCGGGUGCGCCUGGCCGGCAACGCCUCGACGGCCAGCCGGGGUCGUCUGGAGGUGCUGUACAGCGGCACGUGGGGCACCGUGUGUGACGACGAGGUCAACAUCCAGCUGGCCCACGUGGUGUGCAGAGAGCUGGGCUUCCGGAGCGCCGUCACCUGGGCCCACAGCGCCGACUACGGGCAGGGACAAGGUCCCAUCUGGCUGGAUAAUGUGCUGUGUACGGGUACGGAGGCCUCUCUAGCAGACUGCCAGUCUAACGGUUGGGGCGUUAACGACUGCAGCCAUGCGGAGGACCUGGGGGUGGUGUGUAGUCCCGAGAGACAGCAGGAGGCGCGCCCUCCUCCUCCUCCUCCUCCCUCCGGCUCCUCCCCGGCGCGCCCUCCUCCCUCCUCCUCACCUCAAGCUCCGCCCUCCCCUCAGAUCUCCAUCCCCGAGCCCCCGAGGAGACGAGGUCACGAGCUCAGAGGUCACGAGCUGGCCAUCCAUCGCUCCGGCCCUCGCCAGGUCCCCGGCGCUCGAUCGCACGGCCACCAGAUCCAGCUGCGGCCGUACAACAACAACCGCGCCCGCAACCAAGAGGCGUCAGUGCCGCGCGGACAUCAGCUGCCGGACCGCCUGCGGAACGCCGGAGCCUACAGGCAACAAGCUCAAGCGAGUCGAGGAUUACGAGGGAGGCCUGCCUCGCCCACCUCCCAGACGGCACAGCGGACGCCCAACACACCUGCCUAUGGAGGCCAAACCCCCUCUGCAGCGUCCCCAACCAAUGACAGGCCGGCACAGCGGACCAAUGAGAGGCCAGCACCACCCCGACAGAUGGCGCAGCACGCCAACCAGCCGGAGGAGAAUAACAUGAACUUCGAUUUCACAGACAACUACAGCCAGGGCUCCAGUUCGAUGAGGAUUGAGGAGGCUCGUCUGCGCCCCGUGUUGGCCAGCACGAGGAGGAGCUCCAUGGUAACGGAGGGCAUCGUGGAGGUGAAGGCGGAUGGGAGGUGGCGUCACGUGUGCGGCGUGGGCUGGACGCUAGACAACAGCAACGUGGUGUGCGGCAUGCUGGGAUUCCCAGCGGCAGAGCAGCCCGAUGAAGUGGUGUACAGGAAACACUGGGACAGCAAAGUGGCAGACCCCUCCACCAGGUUGAGCUCCAUGGUGACCAAGAAGGGCUUCUGGGUGGAGGAGGUGCGGUGUGAGGGCACGGAGCCGACGGUGGCCGAGUGUCGUACGCAGCUGUCUCUGCCCCAUAGCGACGUGCCCUGUGCUGGGGGCAUGCCCGCCGUCGCACGCUGUGUACCCGGGCACCAGUUCGCCCAGGCUGCAGGACGGACCGUACCAAGACCUGCUGCAAAGCCGGAGGUGCGGCUGAAGGCGGGGCCUCGUGUGGGGGAGGGGCGUGUGGAGGUGCUGCGGGAGGGGAAGUGGGGGACGGUGUGUGACCACGUGUGGGACAACAGGGCUGCCAGCGUGGUGUGCAGAGAGCUGGGGUACGGCAGCGCCAAGGAAGCCCUGCGGGGGGCGCACAUGGGACAAGGUACGGGUCCUAUUCACAUGAAUAUGGUCCAGUGCAGCGGUAGGGAAUCCUCCAUUAAACAGUGUGGAUACCGCGAGGUGCCGCUACGGAGCUGCAAGCACACCGAGGACGUCUCCGUUCGCUGCCAUGUCCCCGCCAUGGGCUUAGACUCAACAGUGAGGUUGGCAGGUGGCCGUGAGGCUGGGGAGGGUCGUGUGGAGGUGUUGCUGGAUGUGGGGGGAGGACAGCAGAGGUGGGGGGCCGUGUGCAGCGAGAACUGGGGCAUACGGGAGGCCAUGGUGGUCUGCAAACAACUGGGAUUCGGAUUUGCCUCCAGAGCACAUCAGGAGAUCUGGUACUGGUCGGGCACCCCAGGUGCUGAGGCGGUCGUCCUGAGCGGGUCCCUCUGCAUCGGCACGGAGCUCUCUCUACAACACUGUCGCAGCAACGGCAACGUCUACUGUCCCAGCGGCAAGGCAGCCGGAGUCACCUGCGCAGACACGGCUCCUGACCUGGUGAUCGACGCCCAGCUGGUUCAGGAGUCAGCGUACCUGGAGGACCGCCCCCUUCACCUCCUCACCUGCGCCCACGAGGAGAACUGCCUCUCCUCCUCCGCCGCCCGCAUGCACUGGCCCUACGGACACCGACGCCUCCUACGUUUCUCCUCGCGCAUCAUGAAUCUCGGAGUCGCAGAUUUCAGGCCUCGAGCCCCGCGGGAGUCCUGGGUAUGGCACCAGUGCCACAGGCAUUACCACAGCAUUGAGGUGUUUACACACUAUGACCUGAUGACCUUGAACGGUACGAAGGUCGCUGAAGGUCACAAGGCCAGCUUCUGCUUGGAGGACACGUACUGCCCUGAAGGUCUCCACAAGCGUUUCUCCUGCUGGAACAUGGGCGAGCAGGGCAUCUCUGUGGGUUGCUGGGAUACGUAUCGCCACGACAUCGACUGCCAGUGGGUCGACAUCACCGACAUCCGGCCUGGGGACUACGUGCUGCAGGUUGAGGUCAAUCCAUCUCUUGACAUGGCAGAAUCAGACUUCCAGAAUAACGUGAUGCGAUGCCGCUGUCGAUACGAUGGAGCGAGAGUUUUCAUGUACAGCUGUCACGCAGGAGACGCCUACAGUGCGGAGGUGGAGGACCUGUUUGAACAUCAACGGCAGAUCACCAACAACUUCCUGUAAACUACAGCAGUACCAGCUAUACAUGUCCUUGUAAGGUGACCGAAUACGUUGUAGCAUAAUGAAGAGUAAAAUAAUUGUAUAAAAGGAGCAAACGGGCUCAGAAUGGUGCAAAUAAAGGAUAAGGAUACCUAUUCUAAUAAAGGAUACCUAUUCUAAUAAAGGAUACCCAUUCUCUUGGUAAGUAUUACUGUAAGACACCAAGACGUCUCAGGAAGGUGACGAGAAAGACACACUGAACCGAAAUAUGUGGAGAAACGGCAACGUUACCAUGAGAAGAUCCGUCUGGACCCUAAAUAUUCAACUUGUCAUGAAAUGUUUCCGAGAGGUGUUACUCAUCUUUAUCACAUUCAGGAUCAUCAGUAGUCACAGUGAACAACUGCAUUCAUUUCCAUUUUAAAUCUUUUUCUUUCUAAAUCGUGGGCUUCCACUUAAAAUGAUUUUAUUUAAUUAAAUAAGUCACCACUGAGUAAUUGUAUCUACUUAGUCUAUAAAGUGUAUUAGAUUAUUUUUAAGAGUGUGUUUGUGUGUGCGUGCGUGUGUGUG